UGUUUGGGCUGGUUCAGUGUGGAGCUCUCUGAUUGGACGGCUCCUGCAGCAGUGCACUCUGGGACGUGUAGUUGACCUCCGUCUCUGUUGUCUGGACUCAGUGUGACCUUUGACCUCGACCAUGUCCACGUCCACGUCCAUCACCACGGUGGGAGGCGUGGUGGUGGUCACCCAGGUGAUCCCUCAGGAGGAGGCCGGCAUCCAGCUGCAGAGCCCCGCCCCCACCACACAGGCCCCGCCCCCAGCGCCGCCAAGCCCCGCCCCCAAGGUCGACGACAUGACGGCGACGUUCCUGAGAGGCGAGCCGCGCGGCCUCGGGGUGGUUCAGAUCUUCGUGGGUCUGCUGCUCGUCCUCUUCAGUCUGACCGCCGUCCUCUCGCCCACGCUGCUGCUGCACGCCCCGCUGGCCGCCGCCGCCGCCUUCGUGGUGUCGGGCUCGGUGGCGGUGGCGGCGGCGAGGAGAACCACCGUCCGUCUGGUCUGGGCGUCCCUGCUCUGGAACCUGCUGGGCGUGCUGCUGGCUCUGGGGGGCGUGGCCUACGUGUGCUGGCUGCUGGCGGCUCCGCCCCCCUCGCUUCGUUUCUGUGGCGACAGGAAUUCAUCGGUCGCCGUGGUGACGGAGGAGCAGGAGGAGAAAUGCAGACGGAGGAUGAGGAUGCUGGACGUGUGUGUGUACGGAGCUCUCGGCCUGCUGCUGGUUCUUCUGGUGCUGCAGGUGUGUGUCAACGUCACCGUGUGUGUUUUCUCUGGAAGAUCACUACGACACCACAACACCUACACCCCCCUCAAGGUGGAGGACCGCCGUGCCCUGCUGUCUGGACACGACAGCGACGUGUCCCUGCUGGACUCACCGUGAGGACUCGCCUCCAUACUGCAGUAGUACUACAGUAGUACUGCAGUAGUACUACAGUAAAACUGUCUGUGUCUCUUUCUGUCUCUCUGCUCUCAUCAGCUGAUAUUGAUCAUGUUGUGGUGCAUUCUGGGUAAUGAGUGUGUGUUAAACGCUGGUCUGAAAUACAUAAAAGACUCAAUAAAUAAAUUAAAUGUACCAGAAAUAAUAUUAAUAAUUCAUUUAUUCAUAAAAUGAAACAUACAUUUUUUUAAAUUUAGUUAUUUGUUUAUUAACCUCCCCAUUUGAUUAUGUUUGUUUGUUAUUAUUAAUUUAUGCAUUUAUUUUUAUUUUUAAAUGUGUUUUUUAAUUAGUUAAGUAAUAUAAUAUAUAUAUAUGUUUAUAUAUAUUUAGAAGAAAUGCAUAAAAAAGUUCAGAUAAAUAAAUACGUUAAUAAAUUAAAAAAUAACAAAUACAUUAUUUAAAAAUAAUAAAAAAAAUAAAUGCAAAGAUUAAUUAUUCUGAACAUUAAAAGGAAAAAUAAAUCAUAUGAAUUAAACCAAAUAUUAGUUUGUGCCACUUUUUAAUUACAUUUUUUUUAAUGGAUAACCACUAAUAACCACUUUGUUUUUAUAAAUAUUUUUUGGAAUAUCUAAAAGCAAAUUUAUUUUUUAUCCUGUUAGCUUCAGUUUACAGUUUGAUCAGUAAAUAAAUAAAUAAAUAGAGGAUUUUUUUACUGAAUCAGGAAAAAAUGUAAAUAAAUCCAGAUGUUUAGAAACACAACAAUCUGUUUGUUUGUUUGUUUGUUUGUUUGUUUGGGUAUUUUAAGGGAACUUGUAUCAGAUGAAUGCUUCCACAGUGCAGCGGUACAAUAAAUAAUAAUAAUAAUAAAAACAUAAAUUCUGUCCCAGUCAAAUUAUAUCUUGUCAAUUUAUGAAACUAUGAUUUUAUUUUUCUAUGAUGUUUUCAGCUGCGACUGAACUUUAUUAAAACACUUAAACAUGUUGUUGUUGUUUAUUAAAACACUUAAACAUGUUGUUGUUGUUUAUUAAAACACUAAAACAUG